ACGAACGUCGACCAACCACACCCAAGACACCUCAGGAGACGAACUUCGAUGAUGACGCCCAAAUUUAUGAAGCAUACAGUCCGGAGAAGAUCAGAGCACCUCCUAAGAUGCGCUUCAGUCACGAACGAGAUCUGCUCGACUUGCCUGAACUGCACCAAUCGCCAAGCAACCGAUCAGUAAACUCCGAUGAGCAUUCGGACAUGUCCUCCCUCCAGUCUCCAGAACGCAUGCUCUUUCUUCCCGAUGACAGUGAAAUUGGACGAGCGCGGUUGGACGAUCCACCCACUUCAGCCUCUGAAACGACUUCCUUGUCAAAUGCGACAACGAUCAUGGGAGAGGCGUCAGCUGAUCGUACAGAAGAAAAUGAUCACGAACAGGCCCCGAGCGACGACAACGACGACGACGACGGUAGUGAUUCCAGCUCUGCCGAGAAUAUGUUCAUGGUUUCGGUGUUGCGGAGCGCCGUAGCCGCUGCAGGUGGACUUGCUGAGCUUCCAGAUGUGUUCGUUUCUGAUGAUGAAUGACAAUGGAGAAAGAUGAAGUCAGCGAACUCGAACUUGACUCUUAGUUCUGGCUGUCAUUAGCGGAUAUCCGAUCUGGCUAUAGUAAGGAAACACUUUGUGAAAAAAUGUAUGUUGGGAUCUAUGUCUCGGUAGUUAUGCCAGCAAAAAUGCAAUAACGCCGUCGCCAUG